UUGCUUCAAUUAUUGAAUUUGGUUUCUGAUACUGUAGAAAUGGCCGACGCAGUAGUAUCUUUCGCAGUUGAAAGACUCGGAGAUCUGUUAAUCUCCGAAUCUAAACUCUUAUCCGGAGUGACCAACCAAGUGAAUGAGGUUCGGGAUGACCUCAAGCGAAUGCAGAAUUUUUUAAAAGAAGCUGAAAAGAGACAAAUUCAAGAUGAAAGAGUGCGAGGCUGGGUGAAUGAGAUCAAAGAGCUUGCCUUCAGAACAGAAGAUGUUAUUGAGCUUUUUGCACUACAAGCUGGUGGAUCGGGCUUCAAGGAAGCGCUACGAAGAUCAGCUUGCAUCACAUGUCACUUGAUAAGCCGCCACAAAGUUGCUAUGGAUAUCAAUGGAAUAAAAGCUAAACUAGCUGAUAUCCAACAGAGUCUACCAACAUUUGGUAUUACAGGACUCGAACAAGGAGAAACCUCAGUUCCACAAAGAAUUUUUUAUUCUCAUGAUGUUGAAAAGGAUUUUGUUGGAAUGGAGAAGGAAAUAGAUCAGCUGGUAUCUGAUUUGAAGAAGAAAGAUGAGAAACAUGAAGUAGUUUCACUCUGGGGAAUGGGAGGCCAAGGGAAAACUACACUCGCUCAAAAACUUUAUAACCAUGUUGAAAUCAGAGAUCACUUCGAAGCUUUUGCGUGGGUUUGUAUCAGCCAGCAAUUUGACAGAGAAAAAGUUCUUAAAGGAAUCCUUACACAACUUCUCCCUGAUGGUAGGGAGGGGGAAGUUUCAAACAUGGAGGAUACUGAAUUGGUCGAUGGACUACGCAGAGUUCAACUAGAAAAGAAGUGUUUAAUAGUUAUUGACGACAUCUGGAAUGUUGAUUCUUGGAGAAUGUUGCAGCCUGCAUUUCCACUUGGUGAGACGACUAGUGGUUGCAAGAUCUUACUCACCACUCGUUACUUAUCUGUGGCAGAAAUUGGGUCAGUUUGUAAGAUCCCGGGUUUGACAGAAGAUGAGGGCUGGCAGCUACUUUCUAGGAAAACAAGAAUAUAUGACCAGCCAGAGCUACUGGUGGCCUCGGAGAUGGAAAGAAUCGGAAGGAACAUGGUUAGAAGAUGCAAAGGUUUACCACUUGCUAUAUCAUCGCUGGGAGGAAUUUUGAAAGGCAAACAAUUGGUGAGAGAGUGGGAGAAAAUAAAUAAUGAUAUUACUUUCUACUUGGCCAAGGGCAAGGGAGUCACUGAGGAUAAUGAAUACUACACUGUGAAGCGGGUUUUGGGCUUGAGUUAUGAUAAUCUACCAUCUCGUUUGCGACAUUGUUUUCUUUGUUUCGCCAAUUAUAAAGAGGAUGAAAUCAUUGACACCGAGGAAUUGUACAUUAUUUGGAUGGCAGAGGGUCUGAUAUCAGUGGAAGAUAGAGCACAAGGAGAGAUGAUGUUGGAAGUAGCAGAACGCUAUUUGGAUGAAUUAGCACACCGAAGUCUUGUGACAAUUAAAACAUAUAGAUUAGCAAAUGAGUCUUGGCCCAAGCACAAAACAUGUGUUGUUCAUGAUCUUAUUCAAGAUAUGUGCUGGUCUAAAGUAAAAGAGGAAGGAGUAAUGAAUGUUAUUGAUUUAGAGAGCAAACUUGACAUUGGAUCCAGAGCAGGCAUAGUACGCAGAUUGUGUGUUCGCUCAUAUAAUGCUAACAGAGAUGUGUUAGAACCUUAUGAUCGACAAGUACUUGCACAAAUUCGAUCUCUUUUCAUUUGGAAUGGUUGGAAGCUCGACCCUCCAGUGUGGCCCAACAAUAUAUUUACUCUUGAAAAAUUUAAACUGCUCCGAGUUUUUACAGCCAAGAACUUUAAAUUAAGCAAGGAAAAUGUAAGAAGCCUGUCGGAGCUAGUUUACUUGAAGUAUUUGAGUUUAGAACGUUGUGAGUUGGAUAUAUUGCCAGCGUCAAUAGGGAAGCUACGAAAUUUGGAAACCCUUGAUGUAAGAACGCGAGGUGGUGCCUUGAGCAUACCAAAUGUUCUUUGGAAGCUCAAGUUGUUAAUACAUUUGUACCUCCCACGUGAUAUGUCAGUUGGAGGUGGAGCUAAGAAGUUGAGAUCGGAAGGUUUAAAUGAGCUAGAACUGUUCUACGGUUUCAACUCAAAGUAUUGUGAAGCACAUGAUCUCUUUCAAUUACCCAAACUCAAAGCUUUUACAGGAUAUAUGACAGUCGAGGAAAACCUCACGACACAGACUAUUAUUGAUUUUGGCAAUGCCAAAUUGAGGGAAUCGCAUCACGUGAAAAUUGGAAUUGUUGACAGUGAAACAGAAGUUGGUUUGGUUGUACUUUUGGAGUGUAGUUUCAUGGAUUCGUUAUACAUACGGGCAUCUGUAUGCGUAAUUCCGAAGGUGUACGACUGCACUCGUUUCUCUAGACGUCUCACCGAGCUAACCUUGGACGGGUUUAUAUUUGAGGAAAAUCCAAUGAUAUUAUUAGGAAAUCUUCCCAACCUACGUUUUUUAACUCUAUCUUUAGUGAAAAACACUUAUUUGGACGGGGAGAUAGUGUGUUCUUCUGUGAGUUUUCCGAAACUUGAGACACUAUUUUUCGGUGAAUAUAAAAGGUUAAGAAAAUGGAGGUUGGAACAAGGAGCCAUGCCAAAUCUCACUCAUUUGUUUAUUAGGAAGUGCUUAGAGUUGGAGAUGCUUCCAGAAGCUGCAGGAGCAGCACCAGGUUGAUUGUAGAGCCGUAGAGGGAUUGGCCUAGCUCCCUUCCUGUUCAAGGCAGCCAUGACAUCUUUUUCUCCAAGCUCCUUCAGCUGCUUCUCUGUCUGUUACAUAAAUCAAAUCAAACUGCUUCACCUCCCCUGUUAAAAACAGAGGCGAGUUGAGCAACCACCUCAUCAGGAUUGACAGUAUCAUGUUAAACAACAGCGAACAUCUGUCAAACAGAAAAAGAAUAUAGAGAACAAACGAAGCCGCGUACGACUGCAAAUGAAGAAUCUUUAAUCUGCAAGCAAAGCAAAGAAUAAAGAUUACAAAGCUAGGAAGAAUGUGGAAGAACAAAGCAACAAACAAGCAGUUAAAGAAAGUGGAGGACAAGUCGUUCUGUUUUUACUCUUUAUAAAGUAGUCACGAGUUCUUGUGUUAAAAAUACUCUAAAUUUUAAAGCCUGGUUUUCAUCUUCUUUUGCUUCUUUUUCUGAAAUCUGUUUCGAAUACUGUAGAAAUGGCCGAUGCAAUAGUCUCAUUUGCUGUGGAAAGAGUUGGAGCUUUGUUAAUCUCUGAAUCCAAACUCUUAUAUGGAGUACGCGGUCAAAUCAAACAACUUCAAAGUGACCUCAAAAGAAUGCAGAAUUUCUUGAAAGAAGCUGAUAAGAAACAUAUUCAAGAUAAAAGAGUGCGAGGAUGGGUGGAUGAGAUCAAAGAGCUUGCAUUUAGAACAGAAGAUGUGAUCGAGAUUUUUGCACUACAGGUUGCCACCAAUUCCGGCUUCAAGGGGGAGUUACGAAGAUUUGCUUGCGUCCCGUGUCAAUUGAUAAGGCGUCACAAUGUUGCUAUGGAGAUAAGUGAUAUAAAAGCUAAGCUCGCUGCCGUCCAUUAAAAUCUACCAACAUAUGGUAUCACAAAAGGCCUGGAAGAAGGAGAAACCUCAGCUCCACAAAGAACUUUUUAUUCUCAUCAUGUUGAAAAGGAUUUUGUUGGGAUGGAGAAGGAGAUAGAUCAACUGGUAUCUGAUCUGAUGAAAAAAGAUGAGAAUUUUGAAGUAGUUUCAUUAUGGGGAAUGGGAGGUCAAGGAAAAACGACACUUGCUCAAAAACUUUAUAAUCAUGUUAAAAUCAGAGAUCAUUUCAAAGCUUUUGCGUGGGUUUGUAUCAGCCAGCAAUUUGACAGGGAAAAAGUUCUUAAAGGAAUCCUUAAACAACUGCUCCCUGAUGAUAGGAAG